UUCCUCUAAUUUCUCAUUUUCAGCUCUUAUUGAUCAUAAAAGGGAAAAUUAUCUAAUAAAGAAGACAUUUAUUCAAUUUAAAUGAAUACUUCGAGCAAUUUAUUUCCCAUUUUUUCAUGUACUUUGGCACAAUCACCCAUUUCUAGUAUUGAUUUAUGGGUAAUUUUGUCUCUUAUUUGUGUUAAUUUUUCCUAGGGUAUAUCUUUUAUGAAAAUCCAUUCGAUUCUGAACAAACCAAACCAUCUACAUUCAUCAUUCCAAUAAGUAAACGAUUCAUUUUUUAAAAAAGAAGUCUUUAAUUAUGCAACACCAAAUAAUUUUUUGGAAUUACUUACACUAAAUAGUAAAUAAAAAGGCACAUUUUCACCUUUCUCUUCGAAAUUUCUUCUUAAAAUUUCGUUGUUUUUCUAUGUUGAAGUCCAUAUGCCGUAUUUUAUUGCUUUAUGAAUGUGAUCUUCAUUAAAACUCUUUAUUAAAUAGUAUAUUGCGGUUUCUUAUGGGUCUGUUAGUUAG